AUGGGAUCGCCAAAGCCCAAACAUGAGAUUGUUGGCAAUGUCACACUCAAAGAGGUGUAUCAUAUCGCAAAGUGCAAAAGCAUGGACCCUCCACUCAUCGGAGUGCCGCUGUACGUCAUCUGCAAGCGCAUCAUCGGCACGGCUAACGCCAUGGGAAUCGCUGUCACCAGGGAGCUCUUGCCCGAGUUCCGUAAGCGCGAUUACACGAAGGUGUCGCAGCUGGACCAAAUGAGGAAGGACAUAAGGGCGCAAAAGCGUUCUCAGAAGCGUGGAAAGAGAUGA